ACUGAACUGGUUUGUGUCACAGAAUUGAACCAUUAAAUAUCAAUAUAUUUAUAAUUCUGCUGAACAAUACAUGUAGUAGAUUUGUUUUAAAUUCUGUGCAGUGUUCCAGCAUUUUUUGAGAAACAAUGGCAGUCUGGCCUGUCUAUCUGUCUCUUUGUCUUCUCUUAACUCUUGCUUCAGGGAGAAUGCUGCCUCAAACAGGUGGAGAUAAACGUUGUGGCGCUUGUAGGGCAGGAUGGUCUGCCUUUGGAUGUAGAUGCUUCAAGUUUUUCAACAACCCUCAAAUCUGGAUAAAUGCCGAGAAAAUCUGUCUGCACUUGGAUGGGAAUAUUGCUUCUGUACACAGCCAUGAGGAGUACGCUUUUAUGCAGAACCUGAUUAGAUACGUAACUCAAGGAGCAACGAGAACCUGGAUCGGGGGCCAUGAUGCUGUUCAUGAGGGAGUUUGGCUCUGGAGUGAUGGAUCUAAAUUUCACUUCCAAAUAUGGUCUCCUGGAGAACCCAAUAACAAAAAUAAUGAGGACUGCCUUGAGAUGAACUUCAAAAAUGGAAAUUGGAAUGAUACACCAUGUUCUGAAAGGAGGCCCUUUGUGUGUGUGAAAAGCAGCAUGUAAAAAGUUGACUGGAAGACAAAAUGAGCUACUUUGACUCAUUUUAUUUCUUUUUAGAAAUGUUCAGUGGAGAAAUAAUAAAGUUAAAAAUAUACUAAUA